ACACGUACUCUUGUAGAUAAACACAACUACUUUUUUGCAUCUGUAACUCUGUUUCUCCUCCCCUGCAUCUCUCCCUAUAUAUAGUCUCGCAGAUUGUAGGUAAUACUCACAUUCACAUCAUUAUUAUUCAUUGCCAUUUGUUUGUUUUAGAUCUUGCUUCAAAAAAUCUGUGCUUUCUUUUAAAAAAAAUCUGUGUGUUGUUCUUGAAAUUGUGACAAAAAUGUUGGGAAUAUUCAACAAGGAGUUGGUGAAUGCACCAAAGGAGCUCAACAGCCCUCUUCCUCCAAUGGAAGGUUCUGCCAAGAGGGUGACUCAGAAGCCCAAACAAGUGGAUCCUCAAGAGUGUUUGAAGGGGUUCUUGUCAGCUCAUUCAAAUGCUUUCUCUCUUUCCUUUGCAAACAAUGGAGCUGCUCUUGCUUUUGCUCCUCCUGCUCACCCUAAUCAAAGGUUGUUCAGUGGAGUGGAUGACAUAUACUGUUCUUUCUUGGGGAGUUUGAACAAUUUGAGUAGCCUUAACAAGCAGUAUGGUCUGUCAAAGUGUGGGAAUGAGGCCUUGUUUGUGAUCGAGGCCUACAAGACUCUGCGCGAUAGGGGUCCGUACCCUGUGCACCAGGUUCUUAAGGAUCUUGAGGGCAGUUUUGGAUUUGUGCUGUUUGACACUAAGGCCAGUACUGUGUUUGUUUCUUUGAGUGGUGAUGGAGGAGUCAAGCUCUUCUGGGGCAUUGCUUCUGAUGGUUCUGUCAUGAUUUCGGAUGAUUUGGACCUCAUCAAAGCCAGUUGUGCUAAAUCUUUCGCCCCUUUCCCUACCGGGUGCAUGUAUCAUAGUGAAGGAGGAUUGAUGAGUUUCGAGCACCCUACAAACAAAUUGAUGGCAAUGCCGAGGGUAGACAGUGAGGGGCUCAUGUGUGGAUCAAACUUUAAAGUUGAUGUUUACUCCAAGACCAAAAGCAUGCCAAGGGUUGGUAGUGAAGCCAAUUGGGCUGCCGUUUGGGGACAACAAGCCGAGCACUUGUAACUUCUAUCAUCAUCAUCAUCUUCUCGUGUGCUUAUGGAUUAAUGGCUGAAGACAUUAAAAUUGUUGAUCUAACUAGUUAGCAAAACAAUGUUCUUUAAUCAAGUUGUUUUUCUCUAUCAUUUAUCUUUUUUUUGCUCUGCAAGUUGUCCUAAAUUUGUUGGCUUUUGCCUUCUGUAAAUAAGUUCUGAGAAUGCAAGCUUUUGAUAUUUGACAAGUGAUCAAUUUAUAUGACCAUUUCAUACUA